GUCUUCGCCUGAUAGCCACACACACACACACUCUCCUUUCGGCUUUCGCCCUUCUUCGGUUCUUCUUACUAGUGCAGUAAUAACAAGCUAGUAAGUAGAGUAUGCUAAGAGUUUCUUCGAAACUUGUGCCGCUUCUUCUUCAAUCAGUUACUUCAAGUCACACUCACACGCACCUCAUUUCUUCUUAUUCUACUUCACGUCUCUUCCUCUCUUAUUCUCACCUUUUUCCUCGGAGACCAAUGGCCUCUCUCUCCGCCCUACCACACCGUCUCCAAUAUCCUACUGCUCGCAGAGACGACUCCAUCGUUGAAGACUACCACGGCGUCAAGGUUGCCGAUCCUUACCGAUGGCUCGAAGAUCCAGAUGUGGAAGAAGUGAAGGAGUUUGUAGAGAAACAGGUGCAAUUGACGAACUCGGUACUUCAGCAAUGCGAAACUAGAUCCAAACUUAGUGAAAAGAUCACGAAGCUUUUUGAUCAUCCUCGUUAUCAUGCUCCGUUUAGGCGAGGUGAUAAGUACUUUUACUUCCACAACUCAGGGCUUCAGCCUCAAGACACACUCUAUGUGCAGGAUAGCUUGGAGGGUGAACCUGAGGUUUUGCUUGAUCCUAAUGCGCUCAGCGAAGAUGGAACCAUCUCGUUGAACACGCUAUCAAUCAGUGAAGAUGCUAAGUAUUUGGCUUACGGACUUAGUUCAAGUGGUAGUGAUUGGGUGACUAUAAAAGUAAUGCGUAUUGCAGAUAAGAAUGUUGAGCCUGACACUUUGUCAUGGGUCAAGUUUUCCUCUAUUAGUUGGACACAUGAUAGCAAAGGUUUCUUUUAUAGCCGAUAUCCAGCACCUAAGGAUGGAGAAGUAGUAGAUGCUGGGACUGAGACGAAUUCUAAUCUUUACCAUGAGCUCUAUUAUCAUUUCUUGGGUACAGAUCAAUCAGAAGAUAUUUUGUGUUGGAGAGAUCCUGAAAACCCUAAAUAUUUAUUUGGAGGAAGUGUCACUGAUGAUGGGAAGUAUGUUCUCCUUUAUAUUUCAGAAGGCUGUGAUCCAGUUAACAAACUUUACUACUUUGACAUGUCUGAACUUCCCAACGGGAUGGAAAGUUUUCGAAAUAAAAGUACUCUGCUUCCAUUUGUCAAGCUCAUUGAUAAUUUUGAUGCACAGUAUCAUGACAUUGCGAAUGACGGCACUGUGUUUACAUUUUUGACUAAUAAAGAUGCUCCAAAAUAUAAACUAGUAAGGGUAGAUUUGAGAGAACCAACUGUGUGGUCUGAGGUUCUCCAAGAGUCUGAAAAUGAUGUACUUGAGUCAGCUUGUGCUGUGAAUGGUAAUCAACUGAUAGUGAGUUAUUUGAGUGAUGUGAAGUAUAUUCUUCAAGUAAGAGACCUAGAAACAGGCUUGUUGCUACAUCAAUUACCAAUUGAUAUUGGCACUGUUGAUGAAGUUUCUGCAAGGCGUAAAGAUAGUGUGGUUUUCAUAAGCUUUACAAGCUUCCUAACGCCAAGAAUCAUAUAUCAGUGUGACCUUAGAACAAAUAUACCUGAUAUGAAGAUAUUUCGUGAAAUUGUUGUCCCUGGGUUUGAUCGCUCUGAGUUUCAGGUCAAGCAGGUUUUUGUUACCAGUAAAGAUGGGACAAAGAUCCCAAUAUUCAUUGUUGCCAAAAAGGAUAUUCGUUUGGAUGGAUCGCACCCGUGUUUGCUAUAUGGAUAUGGUGGUUUUAACAUAAGUCUCACACCAUCUUUCGCUGUUAGUCGUAUAGUACUCACAAGACAUUUAGGUACUGUUUUUUGCAUUGCAAAUAUUCGUGGAGGUGGAGAAUACGGGGAGGAAUGGCAUAAAGCAGGAUCCCUUGCAAAUAAGCAGAAUUGCUUUGAUGACUUCAUCUCUGCAGCUGAGUAUCUUGUGUCUACUGGUUAUACCCAACCCCGAAAGUUAUGCAUUGAAGGUGGGAGUAAUGGUGGUCUUCUUAUUGGGGCUUGUAUAAACCAGAGACCUGAUCUUUUUGGUUGUGCACUGGCUCAUGUUGGUGUUAUGGAUAUGCUAAGGUUCCACAAAUUUACCAUAGGCCAUGCUUGGACCACAGAUUAUGGUUGUUCAGACAAGGAGAAAGAGUUUCAUUGGCUAAUCAAGUACUCACCAUUGCAUAAUGUGCGGCGGCCAUGGGAACAGCAGCCUGAUAAGUCAAUUCAAUACCCAUCGACCAUGCUGUUGACUGCUGAUCAUGAUGAUCGUGUUGUGCCAUUGCACUCAUUGAAGCUAUUGGCGACCAUGCAGUAUGUCCUGUGUACGAGCUUGGAGAAUAGUCCGCAGACGAACCCGAUAAUUGGUCGCAUUGACUGCAAGUCUGGACAUGGAGCCGGUCGGCCAACACAGAAAAUGAUAGAUGAAGCUGCUGAUCGGUACAGCUUCAUGGCAAAAAUGUUAGACGCGCAAUGGAUUGAUUAACCCACUCGAUUAUAAGGUAGAAAACAUUUUUUAAAAAAAGUAAAUAAAAAAGAAUUGUGAUCCUCACUAGAGAAGGCAUAGUUGUUUUUAUUAUCUUGUAUUUGAUAAUAGAUUAUAGUCAUAUGAAUAUUCGCAUGAAAUUAUUUUUUAUUUAAAGAUAAUAGUUGAGAAUUGUGAAAGUUAUUAAUAUAAUGUGGACAUUAGAACAUUA